GGCUAUUCCCUGAUGCGCCCCUUCCUCCACAGCCCUCAGCAGUGCCAGCCCGGUGCUAUGCGAUUCUCCCUGAAGCGCUGCCUCACCGCUGUGCUCACAGCCUCCUUCCUCCUCCUCCUCCUCCUCCUCCUCCUCCAUGGGGGCAGCCAGCAGGAAGAGGAUCCCCUGGAGGUGGAUCUGAGGGGCUUGACACGCGACACAAUCCUGCAGAUGCUGCAGCCAGAAGGAGCCCAGCGCAUCCUCAGGGACAUGGACGAGCUCUCCACACUCCACAAUGUCUCCUACCACAUCCUGGCUGGCUCCCUGCCACCCCGAAAAAAAUUCCUGGCGGUGGGAUUGGCGUCGGUGCAGCGGCCGCGCGGCUUCUACCUCCCUGCCACACUGCAGUCCCUGUUCAGCCAGUCCACAGAGCAGGAGCUGCAGGAGAUGGUGGUGGUGGUGCACCUGGCCGACAAGGAUCCCGGCUGGAACACGCGCGUCGCCCUCAGCAUCGCCCAGAAGUUCGCUCACCACGUCCUCCUGGGCCGGCUGCUGCUCAUCCAUGCCCCCCAAGAGCUCUACCCCACCCUGGAAGGGCUCAAGAGGAACUUCAACGACCCUGAGGAGCGGGUGAGGUUCCGCUCCAAGCAGAACGUGGACUACGCCUUCCUGCUCGCCUUCGCCGCCAACCUCUCCUCCUACUACCUGAUGAUCGAGGACGACGUGUGGUGCGCCAGGUCCUUCCUGACGGCCAUCCGCAAGGCUCUGGCCUCCCAGGAGGGCUCCAAUUGGGCCACCCUGGAGUUCUCCAAGCUGGGCUACAUUGGGAAGCUCUACCACUCCAGCGAUCUCCCUCGCCUGGCUCGCUUCCUCCUCCUCUUCUACCAGGAGAUGCCCUGUGACUGGCUGCUGGUGCACUUCCGCAACCUGCUCACCCAGAAGGACGUCAUCCGCUUCAAGCCGUCCCUCUUCCAGCACAUGGGCCUCUACUCCUCCUUCCAGGGCACCGUCAACCGGCUGGAAGAUGAUGAUUUCCAGGCCGACGCCUUGGACCUUCCGGACAACCCUCCAGCAUCCUUGUACACCAGCAUGGCCAUCUUCGAGCACUACAAGCCCCUCAAGGCCUACAGCUCAGCAGAGGGGUAUUUCUGGGGGAAGGACCCAGCAGCUGGCAGCGUCUUCUCGGUGGUGUUCCAGCAGCCGGCCCAGGUCAGCCGUGUGCGGGUGCUCACGGGCUCCGAGGAGCGCCGGGGCGACUUCCUGCGUGCGGGGGUGCUGGAGCUGGGCCGGCAGCGCCGCCGCGAUGGCCGCGACUGCUCCACCUACAUCCCAGUGGGAACCUUUGAGAAGGGCACGCUGGACCGGCGGGGGCUGGAGAGGAGCAUCUCUGGCCCCGUGGAAUGUGUGAGGAUCCGGGUAACCCAGGCCCAGAGCGAGUGGCUCAUCAUCCGGAGCAUCGACAUCUGGACCACGGCAGGCACCUGAGCACAGCUGUCAAAGCACAGCUGGGUUUUGUUCCAAGAGGUCCUUUAUUUUUCUCAUUUCCUUUUUUUUAUAAGGAAUUAAACUAUUGACUCCUGCUGGCAUCUGCCAAGGGAUGGGAACCACUGCUAUGGGAUGUGGAUGGGGCCAGGAGCAGGGCCCACCAGGAUGUGCCCACCUGGGGGAUGCCCCAGUGAGCAACAGAGGGGGUACAGGGAGGGGAAGAGGCUGGGCACCAGAAAAUAUUUCCUCCCGUGGAGGAUGAUGUACAGGACAAAGCUGAUCAAUUAAUUAACAAAUCAAGUAAUUAAUCAGGCAUUUGGCAGCCUCUCCACAUCGUCCCUUCCCUAAGU